AUGGAUGGCAAGCCCUCGACCGUCCUAGCUGAAGGCCAACAUGCAGCCCAGAAAGAGCAGUCCAUGACUCUCUGGCAGGCUCUGAAACUAUACCCCAAAGCUGUCGGCUGGUCAGUGCUGCUCUCGUCUACCCUAAUUAUGGAAGGGUAUGACCUCGCAUUACUGAGUUCCAUGUAUGCAUCGCCCGCUUUCAACAAGAAGUUCGGGCAACUGACAGCCUCGGGGAAAUGGGCUGUUCCCGCAUCCUGGCAAUCCGGCCUGUCAAACGGUGCACGCUGCGGUGAAGUCAUUGGACUUUUGAUCAAUGGUCUAGUCUCGGAGCGCCUUGGCUAUCGUCGUACUAUGAUCUGUGCCUUGGCCACCAUCACAGCGGUCAUCUUCCUCUUCUUCUUCGCAGUCAACAUCCAGAUGCUACUGGCAGCGGAGAUCCUCGCCGGUAUUCCAUGGGGUAUCUUCCAAACCCUCCCAGCUGCGUACGCCUCGGAAGUCUGUCCGGUAGUCCUCAGACCCUACCUGACGACAUUCAUCAACAUGUGCUGGGUAUUCGGACAAUUCGUGGCAGUUGGAGUCAACCGCGGGUCCAUUUCUCGCGAUGAUCAAUGGGCAUACCGCAUUCCGUUUGGUGUACAAUGGGCCUGGCCACUACCAAUUAUGAUUGGCUGUCUAUUCGCACCCGAGUCUCCCUGGUGGCAUGUUCGACAGGGCAAUAUACAAGGAGCGCGACGCGCCCUACAACGACUGACCUCAUCCAAAGACCCCAACUUCAACCCCGAGGAGACAAUCGCCAUGAUCCAGCACACAAACGAACUAGAAAAGUCUCUUUCGAGCGGAACGACAUACUGGGACUGCUUUAAGGGAACAAAUCUCCGCCGAACAGAAGUGGUCUGCAUAGUAUGGCUCGUGCAGACACUAUGCGGACAGAAUCUAAUGGGAUACUUUGCCUAUUUCUGCGUACAGGCAGGUCUACCGACGGUGCAAUCCUUCAAUCUAUCUCUAGGUCAAUACGGCCUCGGAGUCCUAGGCACAAUGGGCUCAUGGUUCCUCAUGUCAAUCGCAGGCCGACGCACAAUCCACGUGUGCGGCCUAGCAUGUCUCUUCAUCCUAUUAAUGAUAACCGGCUCGCUAUCAUUCGCACCGAGCGAGAACAACGCCGCGAAAUGGGCUAUUGGCGUUAUGUUAAUCAUCUUUACUUUCUGCUACGAUAUCACCGUCGGCCCGGUUACAUACUCUCUCGUCUCGGAAUUAUCUUCAACAAGACUCAAGGCAAAGACUAUUGUUCUCGCUCGGUGUUUAUACAAUAUUAGCAAUAUUGUCGUCAACGUCUUGACCAACUAUCAAUUGAACUCCACCGCAUGGAACUGGGGCGCUCGCUGUGCGUACUUCUGGGCUGGGACUUGUUUAAUGGGGCUUGUGUGGGCGUUCUUCCGGUUACCUGAGCCGAAGGGGCGGACGUAUGAAGAGUUGGAUCUGUUGUUUGAGCGGGGGAUUACUGCGCGCAAAUUUGCUUCUACUGUUGUUGAUCCGUAUGAAGGGGAGGUGAUUGAAGUGCGUGAAGAUCAUGUAGAUAAAGACUGA